GCAGCAGUAGCGACAGCACCUCCUGCCUCCACUCCCAGAAAAUAAAAAAAAGGAGUGGUAGAGGAAGCAAAAGAAAAAAAGAAGAGAGAGAGAGAGAAAAAAAAACGUUUGUCCCCGUUGUAGGAAGCGAGAAGGCGACUGAAUGAUGGCGUCGGCGAAGAGAAAGCAGGACGAGAAGCAUCUAAAAAUUUUACGUGAACUGGUGUCACAAGUUAAUAAUAAAGAGUGUUUCGAUUGUAGACAGCGUGGACCAACGUACGUAAACAUGACAAUUGGUUCAUUCGUGUGUACAUCAUGCUCUGGGAUGCUAAGGGGUUUGACACCUCCGCACCGAGUGAAAUCGAUAUCGAUGGCAACAUUUACCCAAGACGAGAUAGAAUUCAUGAAAGAAAGAGGAAACGAGCACUGCAGAAGAAUAUGGUUGGGUCUGGUGAAUGCGAACAAUCAGCCAACCCUAGACACUAAAGACGAGCAGAAGAUGAAGGAUCUGAUGACAGCAAAGUACGAGUUGAAGAGAUACUACUUGGAUCCGUCAAUGGCCAGUGAUAAUUCCCCCCAACCGAAUUCAACCACAUUGCAGAGAUCAAAUGCUAAAAAAUAUACUGGAGGAAGAACUAAUCAGAGUAUACCGAGAGUGCCUAUUGUUGGUACAUUGCCAGUUUUAUGUACACCAAAUGGAAAGAAGAAAAAUAGUGAGACUGCUGAUAAUUUUACUGCGGAUUUUGCUGACUUCAGUCGAGCCCAGGACUCAUUUAUAUCGUCAAAUCGUUUCUCUCAACCCAUUGAACAGCCGUCCUUCGCUAAUUUUGAUAAUAAUCCAGCCUUUGAUUCAACACAGAAUGCGGAAUUGUCAGCGACAUUCAGUCAAAGUGGAAAAACGAUGUCGAAUUUCAAUGGAAUAAAUGCACCGCCGUCUGAGGAUCGAUACGCAGCCCUGAAGGAUCUCGAUUCGAUGAUGAAAAAAACACAAUUGAAGGAUGAAGGAUCAGCUGUGACAGCCCCAUCGUGGAAUAACUCGAAUAGUCUCUGGGGCAAUGAUCAGAGCUACGUUAUUUCAAAUCCAUUCACAGCAGCUGACACGUGGCGACCAUCGCUACAUGCCAUGAACAAUAAUAAUAUGCAAUCUGUUGACAAUACCAUUUGCAGUACUGCAAAUCCAUUUAGACAAACGCAAUUCCCUGUUAACAAUGAAUCUCAAUGGAUAUCCUUUGGAUCUCAAAAUACCACGGAGGUACAUCCAUCUAGUCAAAUGAUGACUCCACUCCCCGGAAAAGUCUGGCUUCCGACAGUUACCGCUUAUCAGGCAAACCCUUUCAUGGUGGGCACUGGUGUGGGAAAUCCGGCCAGAACUUCGAACAAUCCGUUUUUAUGAUUAGAAACGAGAAAAAAUUAUCGAGUGAGCUAAUGAACAAAAUUACUGCUAAGCAGACAAAAAAAAAA